GAAACAACACUCGCGGCGUCCCUCGGGAUAAAGCCCGAACUCCUUCCCUCAGGAACCCCCUCAUGGUGCAGAGCCGACCCUCGCCCUGCCCCCGGCGUGGAAACCAAGGAGGUAUUUUCCAACCUAGGGCACAACUGCAGGGUUUAAACCCCACAGCGAAAGGCUCCGACACAAAACUUUUACACGCGGCUGAGUCUCCAGGUUGGGCUCACUGCGCUGUGCCAGCCGCAGCCCCGCUCCGGCGGUCUCCAGGCCGGGUUUUCCCGCCGCUCGCCGGCCCGCGCGCUCAGCCGCAGCGCAGCCACACGGGCGCCGAUCCCUCCGCGCCGCCCUCGCGCCCACGCAGGAGAGCGGAGGCGCGCGGCGCGAGGGAAGUAGUGCGCGGCGGAGUGAUCCGCAGGCGGGGGCGGGGCCCCAGGGGCCAUAUAAGCACCGAGCGGAGGCAUGCGUGGCGCAGUUGGUCCUGGGUGAGGUUUGUGGAUUCGGCUUUGCCGAGCAGUGCCGCGGAGAAAAUGCAGAUCUUUGUCAAGACCCUGACGGGCAAGACCAUCACCCUUGAGGUCGAGCCUAGUGACACCAUUGAGAAUGUCAAGGCCAAGAUCCAGGACAAGGAAGGGAUCCCUCCUGACCAGCAGAGGCUGAUCUUUGCUGGCAAGCAGCUGGAAGAUGGUCGUACCUUAUCUGACUACAACAUCCAGAAGGAAUCCACCCUGCACUUGGUGCUGCGCCUCAGGGGUGGCAUGCAGAUCUUUGUCAAGACCCUGACAGGCAAGACCAUCACCCUUGAGGUCGAGCCCAGUGACACCAUUGAAAAUGUCAAGGCCAAGAUCCAAGACAAGGAGGGCAUUCCCCCUGACCAGCAGAGGCUGAUCUUUGCUGGCAAGCAGCUGGAAGAUGGCCGUACCCUGUCUGACUACAACAUCCAGAAAGAAUCCACCCUGCACUUGGUGCUGCGCCUCAGGGGUGGCAUGCAGAUCUUUGUCAAGACCCUGACGGGCAAGACCAUCACUCUGGAAGUCGAGCCCAGUGACACCAUUGAGAAUGUCAAGGCCAAGAUCCAGGACAAGGAGGGCAUUCCCCCAGACCAGCAGAGGCUGAUCUUUGCUGGCAAGCAGCUGGAAGAUGGCCGUACCCUGUCUGACUACAACAUCCAGAAAGAAUCCACCCUGCACUUGGUGCUGCGCCUCAGGGGUGGCAUGCAGAUCUUUGUCAAGACCCUGACAGGCAAGACCAUCACUCUGGAAGUCGAGCCCAGUGACACCAUUGAGAAUGUCAAGGCCAAGAUCCAAGACAAGGAGGGCAUUCCCCCAGACCAGCAGAGGCUGAUCUUUGCUGGCAAGCAGCUGGAAGAUGGCCGUACCCUGUCUGACUACAACAUCCAGAAGGAGUCGACUCUGCACCUUGUCCUGCGCCUGCGGGGUGGUAACUGAGCCAGCAGGUUCUUGCUUCCAAAUAAAAGGUUCCCUGCACUUGUUCAUUCCAAUAAAGCUGUUGCAUCCAUAAAA